AUGUCGAAUACUUCGAGUUAUCAACAUUCUCGAUUGAUUGGUGGACCAGAAAGAAUAAGAGAAAGUGUUCAAGUUACUCGUAAGUUGAAUGAAAUCUUAUUUUGUUUUGGAAUCUGACCAUUUUAGAAAAUGAUGUUAAUUUUCAGAACCAAUAACUGGAACACCUGAUGGAUUCACAAAAACAAUCCCAGAUGUUUUGCGAAGAAGUUAUCAAUUAAACCCGAAAGCUCUGCUUUUCGGUGAGAAUGGUAAGUGUUUUUCCAAAACUUUUAAAACUAUUUGCGUCCUUUUUUUGUAAAUUCUUCAAUUUUUAGUCAAUGGAAAAUAUAUUUGGACAACUUAUGGAGAUGCGAUUGAAGAAUCGAAAGCAAUCGGCUCAGGAAUUGAGAAUAUUUUAUUAUCCCAUCCAUCGUUUCCAAAUUCGACAAAAUUAAUCGGAAUUGCUGGUAUUCAUUCAGUCAGAUAUAUGUAUUCAAUGCAUGCAAUGGCAUAUUAUAAUUAUACCGUAGUUCCACUUUAUCAUAUGUCAAAAUUCGAAACAUUGUGCGAUAUAAUUGAUAAUUGCGGAUUGGAAUUGAUAUUUGUUGACACUAAAAAACGAACACAACAGUUUUUAGAUAUUAAAAACGAAACACGAUUGGCAACAUUGAAAACUAUUGUUCUUCUUGAAAUAGUUGAAACAUUGCCAACUCAUCCAGAUGUUCGAAUUUUAUCAUAUGAAGAUGUUAAAAAUCUCGGAAAUCAAAAUUUCAUUGAAGGAACUCGUCCAACAUCCGAAUCAAUCUAUGUAAUUGUUCAUACAAGUGGAACAACUGGAAAACCGAAAGGUGUUGAAAUGUCACAUGGAUCAUUGUUAACUUCGAUGAGUGGGAUUUGCACAAGUUGGACAAUUGCUCAUAAUUGGAAAUUUGAUCAAAAUGAUACGUAUUUCAGUUUUCUUUCUCUAGCACAUAUUUAUGAGCAUUUGAUGCAAACUUUGGUUUUGUAUUUUGGUGGAAAAAUUGGAAUUUAUAAUGGAGAUGUUAAAACAUUGAUUCAGCAAAUUCAGGUUAGAUUUUUUGACUGGAAUUUCUGGAUAUCUUCGUCCAAUUAAUCAUAAUCUUUUACGAUUCCAAGAAUCCAAUUCAAAAACUCCCAAAAGUGAAUCAUGGAAAACAACCAGGAAGAAAAGACAAAACAAAAAAACAAUAGUUGAUUUUCAGAUUCUCCGUCCAACAAUCAUUUCUUUGGUUCCUCGUCUUUUGAAUAAGAUCUACGAAAAUGUGCACAACUCGAUUGGCAGCAAAAACGUGCUAACAAGAAAAUUAUUCGAGUUCGCCAAAAAGGUUUUUCUUCCUUAAUUUUUUGUCUUGUCUUUGCAACACAAAGAAAAACACAUCAAUUUUUAUUUUAGAUGAAGACAAAAAAGCUGGAAGAGGAAGUUUUGGAAAACGACACAAUUUGGGAUAAAAUUGUUUUUAAAAAGGUAAAUGUUUUUUGUUUGUUUGAUGUAAUUUUUUGAUCUCAAGAGACCAUAAGUUAAUUUUUCUUUGCGUGAAAAACAAGUCGACAGGUGAAAAAUUGAAAUGUUCAUAAAACAUUGAAAACAUUUUGCAGUGCAAAGAACUUCUUGGUGGAAAUAUUCGACUUUUAUCAACUGGAGGUGCUCCUGUCACAAAAGAAGUCAAAAUAUUCACAAGAAUUGCUUAUGGUUGUCCAUUAAUUGAAGGAUAUGGACAAACAGAAUGCGGUGCAGCUGGAACACUUACACUUCCUUAUGAUACAACUUAUGGAAAUGUUGGUGGACCAUCACCUUGGGCUCAAAUGAAAGUCGUCGAUGUUCCAGAGAAAAAUUAUUUUGCGAAGAAUGAUGAGGGAGAAGUUUGUUUUAGAGGAGCUGCAUUGAUGUCUGGUUAUUAUCAAGAUCCAGAAUUAACAGCAAAAACAAUUGAUGAAGAUGGUUGGUUACAUACUGGAGAUAUUGGAAGAUGGUUGGAAAAUGGAUCACUUCAAAUUAUUGAUCGGAAAAAUGAGAUGUUCAAAUUAUGCCAAGGUGAAUUCGUUUCACCAAUUCAAGUUGAAUCGAUUUAUUGUAAUUCACCAUUGAUUACUCAAAUAUAUGUGACUGGAAGUACUUUACGAUCAUUUUUGGUUGGAAUUGUAGUUUUGGAAUCAAUGUGGUUUAAACAAUUGCUUAGUAAUAUGCCGGAGAAAAAUUACGAAAAUAUUCCAAUUGAAAAAAGUUUGGGAGAUCGAAAAGUUCGAAAUGCUGUGAUGAAAGAAUUGAAUGAAUUUGGAAAAGCAUCUGGACUUCAAACAAUUGAAUUAUUGCAAAAUGUAUAUUUGACGAUGAAUGAAUUUAGCGAAGAAGAUGGUUUGAUAACAUCGACUUUGAAAAAUCGACGAAAAAUGUUGGAAAAUUUUUGGAAAAAUGAGAUAGAACAAAUGUAUAAUGAAAUUGAAAGCUUAUAG